AUGUCAUACUACAACCAACCACCACCGGGCGGACACCAGCAACCGUACCAGGGCCAAGCCGCGGGUCCAGGAUACGGCCAGCCUCCACCGCAACAGUACCCGCCACCGACAAUGCAGAAUCAACAAUAUCCCCCGCCCCAAGGCGGUUAUCCUCCUCAACAGGGUUACGGCCAGCCGCCGCCGCCGCCUCCGGGACAGUAUGGUGCACCCCCUCCCCAAGUCUAUGGCCCUCCUCAGGCUCAGUACGGUGCGCCGCCCCCACCCCAAGGUUAUGGUCCUCCUCCACCAGGGCCAUAUCAGCAGCCUCCUCCAGGUCAAUAUGGUGCGCCGCCGCCAGGUCAGUAUGGAGUUCCGCCGCCACAAGGUCAAUAUGGAGCCCCCCCACCUCAAGGCCAAUACGCAGCUCCACCACCCCAGGGCUAUGGAGCUCCUCCUCCGCCUGGACAAUAUGGAGCCCCUCCACCGCAAGGCCAGUAUGGCGCACCGCCGCCUGGACAGUACGGAGCUCCAAUGCAAGGAGGAGGAGGAGGAGGAGGUCCGCCAACCCAGCCAUCUCUUGGAUAUGGUCCCAUGCAGACCGCUCAAAUAGAUGUACUCAGAGAUGUAGAGGCCAUUCGCAAAGCAAUGAAGGGAUUCGGUACCGAUGAAAAGGCCCUCAUUGCCAUACUCUCAAACAAGGACCCGAUCCAGCUCAACACCAUUCGCACCCAAUUCGACCAAAGAUUUAUGCGCAGCAUGGUCACGGACCUGCAAAAAGAAACAAGUGGCUACUUUGAAAAGGGCCUGGUUCAGAUUGCGCGAGGCCCGCUCGACACGGACUGCUACAACCUCAUGGAAUCGAUGAAAGGCCUGGGCACCAAAGAAGCCAUCAUCGACGACGUCCUCAUUGGGCGCAGCAACGCCGACAUCAACGCCAUCAAGCACCGCUACCACCAGCUCUUCAAGCGCACCCUCGAAGCCGACCUCCGCGGCGACCUCAGCGCAGGCACAGAGCAAAUGUACCUGAUGAUUGUCGCCGCCCGCCGCAAAGAAGACUCGUACCCCGUCCUCCCCCAGGAAAUCGAGCAGGCCGUGACGGACCUCCAGGCCAGCUUGGGCACCCUCAUCAGCAAAAACGCCGCGGCCGUCUGCGAACUCCUCGUGACCAAGAACGACGCCCAGCUCCGCGCCAUGGCACAGUCGUACGAGCAGCGCUUCCGCAAAUCCCUCGACACCGCCCUCAAAGCCGCCUUCUCGGGACACAUGGAGGACGCCCUGCGUCUGCUCGUCAAGCGCGCAUGCAACCGGGCCGAGGCCGAGGCGAUGCGGCUCGAAGAGGCCAUGGCGGGCCUGGGCACAAAGGACGAGUUGUUGGUGCAGCGCGUAGUGCGCUGUCACUGGGACAGGGGGUUUAUGAAUGCGGUGAAUGGAGAGUAUAAGCGGUUGUAUAGGAAGGAGUUGUAUAAACGAAUUGAGGGGGAGACGAGGGGCGAUUAUGAAAAAUUGAUGGUGGCUUGCGUUAGGCCGCGAUGA